CAAAAAGAUUACAGUUCUUUAAAUUCGUAACAUUGUGGAGUGAAUCAUGGAAGAUAAUGGGCUGAAAAUUACAACUGGAAGCAAUAUUUCUGCACGUGAAGAAAAGGCAAUGUCUGCCAAUUUAAAGUACCUUUCUUUGGGAAUCCUGGUCUUUCAGACUACCAGCUUAGUUCUGACUAUGCGUUAUUCAAGGACUUUGAAAGAAGAUGGGCCUCGUUAUUUGUCAUCUACUGCAGUUGUCAUUGCUGAACUUUUGAAGAUCAUUGCCUGCAUUAUAUUAGUCUACAAAGAUAGCAAAUGCAGUCUUCGAGCAUUGAAUAGAGUGUUACAUGAUGAAAUUCUAAACAAGCCUAUGGAAACACUUAAACUUGCUAUUCCAUCAGGAAUAUAUACUCUUCAGAAUAAUUUACUCUAUGUAGCAUUAUCAAAUCUAGAUGCAGCCACUUAUCAGGUUACUUAUCAAUUAAAAAUUCUUACAACAGCACUGUUUUCUGUGUCCAUGCUUAGUAAAAAAUUAGGUUUGUACCAGUGGCUCUCUCUAGUGAUUUUAAUGGCAGGUGUCACUUUUGUACAGUGGCCCUCAGAUUCUCAAGAAUCGUCUUCUAAGGAACUCUCAGCAGGCUCUCAGUUUGUAGGUCUGAUGGCAGUUCUUACAGCUUGUUUUUCAAGUGGCUUUGCAGGAGUUUAUUUUGAGAAAAUUUUAAAAGAAACCAAGCAAUCUGUGUGGAUUAGAAAUAUUCAACUUGGUUCUUUUGGGAGCAUAUUCGGAUUAAUGGGUGUUUACAUUUAUGAUGGAGAAUUAGUAUCAAAGAAUGGAUUUUUUCAGGGAUAUAACAAACUGACCUGGAUAGUUGUUGUUCUGCAGGCACUUGGAGGCCUUGUCAUAGCUGCUGUUAUUAAGUAUGCGGAUAAUAUUUUAAAAGGAUUUGCAACAUCUUUGUCUAUAAUAUUAUCAACGCUAAUUUCCUAUUUUUGGCUGCAAGAUUUUGUUCCAACCAGUGUCUUUUUCCUUGGAGCCAUCCUUGUAAUAGCAGCUACUUUCCUAUAUGGCUAUGAUCCCAAACCUGCAGGAAAUCCUACUAAGGCCUAGUUAUCUUCUGAAACUUGUUUCUCAGGAUUCUUCAAGUAUUAAGAUCCUCAAACAUCAUUCACACACAGAGGAUGUCAACAUAAACUCUGUGAGAGAUCAUCAGAUUGAGUCCUGUCAUGAUUAUUGAAAUGAUUUGAAGUCACAAAGGUUUAGAAACCAUAAGAAGUUUGUUACAGGUGGAAGUGAAAUAUCUAAUGCAUCCAAAAGUAAAAACUUGAAAGAAACAAUAUGUUUCCAGUGACUAAAAUCAGGAAUGUUUACAACAACUUGAACUCUGAAGUGAACAAAAAAGGUUUUUACAAUUUUGAUUGCUGCAGAAAUGUCCUAUGCACUCUUUGCAAGAGCACAUGACAACAUUUGUCAGAUAUAAAUUUUUGCAAAUCAAAUCUAUUUAAUCUUAGUAAAUGUUUUUAAUUUGCUAUUUGUGUAUAGAUAGAUUACACUGAAUAUAAUUCAUUAUUCUGUAAUUAAGAUUAUAAUUAGCUAUUUCUUAUUAAAGCUGUGAAGAAAUUGAAGUAUGGUUUGAAAAAAUUUUUCACAUACCCAAGAUUUUUAUAUUUAUAAAGGGAUUGCUAAACAAAUCUGAAUUCUGUUAUUUGUUAAUCUCUAUAAAAUUGAUAAUAUUAUGGGUCUGAUUUAAUAUCAGAAGGGGAAGAUUUUUAUGUAAGGUUCUCUGUUUCAUUGUUUAUGUAACCAAAUACAAGCUACAGGUGGAGUUUGGGUCUGGGUUUCUUUUUAUUUUUUCUUAUAAAUUGUAUACCUACUAUUACUUUAAAUUUUAUUUGUGUGUGAUUCAGUUUCCUUCAAUGUUAUUAAAUGUAACUUAAGAUGAAGUAAAUACUUAAAAUAUUUAAUGGUUUAUAAAAAUAUAUAAUUGUCUAUAUCCAUUCUAUUUGGAUUCAUUAUAGAAUAUCAUGUAUAUAUUCUACCUUAUUACAGAGUUUUAAAUGGAUAUUUUACUCAAUCUAUAAGAGCUUCUUUAAGGCUGUAACAGUAAAGAUAGUUUUUAGUUUAAAUAUCAAUAAGUUGGCAUCAAAAUGACAUCUAGAACCAUUUUAGAUGGCCAUUAUAUUGUUUGAAAUGGUAUGAUAAUUUUAAAUUCAGGGUUCCCAAACAAAAUUUUGUAAGCCCAUCACCUAUGGAAGUGCCCUUUCUAUGGUUGAAGGGUAUAUUACUUGUAUAGGGCUCCUAGCACUGCAUGGGGCUGCUUGGGCAGAAGUUAUUAUUUGUUUCUUACGUACAUGAAUGUGUGUGUAUAUAUACACACGUAUAUGUAUACAUAUACACAAACAUAUAUAAAAUUGGUUUUUGUAUAUAAAAGAGUAUAUAUAUGUGUAUAUGUUAUGUAUAUAUCUGUAUAUAACCACACAAAUGCACCUGCUUUAAAAUAACACCAUUUCUAUGAUAUGUUCUUAUGAACAUUGAAGUAGAAUAUUUUAUGUAUAAGCCAUUUAAUUUUUAAUAUGGUUGAGAUAAUGUCAUACAUAAUUAGUUAAAAACUUUCUAAAAUUAUCAUGUUAGGUUAAUUCAAUUGUGAACAACAAUAGUAUCAACAUUCUAGCUUGUUCUCUAUAUAAUGUACUUUAAAACAACACAUGCAAUUCUAGUGUUUAUUUUUAAAAUUUACAUAAAUAGCUCAAAAAUUCAAUUCAAUAGAUGCCUAUUUGGGUAGAGUUAAAAAAAAAAGAUUCCAAAGUUUUGUGCUUAAAAUUAUGGUAUUCUUUAAGGCUACCACUGAGUUAGCCUACUGUGAGAUUUCUUUGAAAACACAGUGCCCUCCUGUAUCCAUAAAUCAGGAGUCCACUCCUACCUCUUCUGUCUAAGGUUUCAAUUCCUUGCAAAUGUGUUCAAUUACAAAACAUUUGGAAUCUUUCUAAUAGGUAUUGCAAACUGGCCCUUGUUGGCCAGAAUUCUGGGUACAUAUAGCUUUCACUAGCUUCCUUUGAGAGUUGUUAAACUGUUAACAGUUUGGGGUAUGUUCUCAGUGUGCUACAAAAUUCUGGCCUAAUUGAAAUCCAAAUCCUGGGGUUACAAAGGAGCACAAAAUUCCAGGACCAAGUUAACUUCCCAAAUAUUGGCUAGGUAUCUAAAUAAUAAUAAGUAGUUCAGCGUAUUUUCUUAGCCACUUGACACUGUGUGACCUGUCUCUUAUUUUAGUGCUUUGAAGAGUAAUACAAAAAAGUACUGGUAUGUGGUUAAUGUAAUGGCAUGCUCCCAGUGACUGAAAACUUAAAAUUAUUCAAGUAUUCAAGCAAGUAUAUCAGAACAGGCUAGUUUCACGAAAUAAGCAAAUAAGGAGAUUCGGAGGAGUGUAGUGUAGCAGAAAGAGUGAGGAAACCUGAUUUCUAGUCCACCUAUGCCACUAAUUCACUUUAUGACCUUGGGCAAAUCACUUCUCUAGGCAUUGGCUUUGUUAUCUGUCAAAUGAGAGGGUUGGACUAGGAGGUUCUUUCCAGCUCUAAUAUUCUGUGAUGAGUGACAUGUUUUUUUUCAAACUAACUGUUUUAUGGACAGAGAAUUUAUAUUUUACAUUACUAGUAAUUAAGAAAAUGUUUAUUCUUGGAUAUUGUAGUUUAUAAUUUAUACUUUGUGUUCACAGGGAAAUAUAAUAGAAUGCAAAAUUUGAAAAGGACCACCGGAAUUGUAGAUUGGCUUUUACCAACAGCUAAUGAUGACAUUAUCAUGACAUUGUUUUUUGGAUCAGUUGACAGUUUCACCUCCAAAGUCUUGUCUAUUAACCAUAUAAUUAAAAAAUUAAUAAUUCCAUUUCUAACAUACAGUUUUGACACCAAAAUAAUUCCAGCUUUUUAAGAAAUUUAAACUUUUUUUUCACCUCUCAACUACUUUAUUCACUGAAAAUUAGCCAUUUUGUAGGGAAAUGUGCCAGUAGCUAGCAUUAUAAUAAAUUAAGGCUAUAGUGUCCAGUUUAAAACUGGAUGAAAAGUUUUAAAUAUAAAGAAUGAUUUUACCAACAGAACAGUAAUAAAUUAAAAUUAUUUUAGGAGUACCAUAGGUAUGAAUUCUUGAACUUUUUUUAUGUUAAAAAUCUGUAUCAGCAAGAAGAAUGAGCAAUGGUUUGCAUUUCUAGUUAUUCUUAGUGGGGGAAAACUCAAAAGUCAUCUUAUUAUCUGGACAAAAACAUGGGGAAAAAGAAUCUGUAAAUCAAAAGGCUGCCCCUGUAGUUUUCAGAAAUUGUGCUUUAGUAAGUUUAGGAUAUGAUUCUUAUUACAUUACCUAUAAGACCUGAUAAACCUUUCAGACAAAGUAGUUUUCUAGACCUUAAAAAUGUUACUGUAUUUGCUUCCAAUGUAGGUAUUGUUUUUGAGAAACAGGGUUUAUUUUUGUCUUCAUAUCAUCUUUUAAUUUAAAUUUUCAUUGUCAUGACAGUAUUUAUUUACAUCAUGAAUGUGUGCUUUUCAAAAGAAAAGCCUUCUGGAAGUUAUUUAUAUGUUUGUAAGUCAGUCACCUUAAAAACCUCCAAAAUGUAGCAUAUUUAAUAAUAAAUCUAGGACCAAAAGAAGCACCUUUUACAAAUUAUGGUCCUGUGUGCCUUGCUUACCAAAUACCUGACUUCUUCUGGAGGUUAUUACUGUAAUUCACAAUUAUGGAUACAUGAUAAUAAUAUCAGGAAUUUUUAAAAUAGUUAUUUCUCAAUUGAUUUUUAAAAAAUUCUUUAUCUACAAGUAUUCAUCAAAUAUAUUUUAUGAUACAGGAAAUUAAGUGUGCUGUGCAGGUAAUUGAUAACCAAUAUAUGUUUGAGUAAAGUGUAACACUAUUACUCAUCAUUUAGCAUUUUGAAACUUUAAAAAUAGAGUACAAGCCAGAUUACUGUUAUAGUUCGUUGUUUUUAAAUAAUAUUUUACUGCAUUUUUUUUGUUCUUUACUAUUUGGAUCUUUUGUUGUGUCUCCAUGUUUUAUUUGCUUAGAUCCCUUUUGGUUUGGGGAACAAUAUGUAAUUUUGUAUAUUUAAACUUUUGUGAACAAAAUUCAAAAAUUGUACAAUUGGUCUUUUUUAUGUCAUGUUUUUGAUGGAUAAAUAUUUCAGAUUUUUUCAAUAUCUAGUUACCACCUAUUGCUUAAUGAGUUUUAUUGGAAUGUAGGCAGAGUUUUAUUACUGGAAUUAAUUGUGACCCUGUUCGCCAAUAAUUAUGAAUCUGAAUGUGAAUUAAAUUUCUCCUCUUUUAAUACCAAC